CGCUGUCAUGGCGGGCGUGCUGAAGAAGACCACUGGCCUUGUGGGAUUGGCUGUAUGUGAGAGUCCACACGACAGGCUAAGAAUAUUGUACGCAAAGAUUCUUGAUGUUCUUGAGCAAGUCCCUAAAACUGCAGCCUAUCGAAAGUAUACAGAACAGAUUACAAAUGAGAGGCUGGGUAUGGUUAAAGCGGAACCAGAUGUUAAAAAACUAGAAGACCAACUUCAGUGUGGCCAAAUAGAAGAGGUGAUUCUUCAGGCUGAAAAUGCACUAAGUCUGGCAAGAAAAAUGAUACAAUGGAAACCAUGGGAGCCUUUAGUGGAAGAGCCUCCUGCCAACCAGUGGAAAUGGCCAAUAUAAUUAUGAUUAAAUGACUUGUGUGUUGACAGGAAAAUGAUAUAAUUAAAUGUUCUGU